AUCAGGGCCUUCCUCAACAAUACAACCGUACGUUUAUCCCUGGUUAUCGGCCUGGCCCCUGGCUCGGUGAGUGUCACAGAUCAGAUAUACGCUUAUCCCUUUCACUUCGAUUUUAAAUCAAAACUAUUAUUAUUAUUAUAAGAUAUAUUUCUCAUUAUUUUCAUUUUUGGUCAGUUUAGUUUUUUUUAUUUGUAAUAUUUUUAUCUGGGGAAAGUAAAGAAAGAUCCAUAUAUUUUCAUUUUCAAAACCCCUAAAAAAUGCACCACAACCUCCAACAAUUUCUCUAACCCAAUCACGUCUUCUGAUUCUCUCUCUCUUACUUUCUUCCUCUUGAAAAAAAAAGAGGAAAAAAGAAAAACCUAAUAUUGAUCGAGACUAGAGGAGGGUUCCUCUAUUUGGCUUUGCCUUAUUUCAUCUCAAAUGCCCACAUUUGCUAUUUGAUAAUCUUCUUCUUUCUCCGCCAUCGCGCCAGUAGGUGCCCCAUUACCUGAUUUGGCCGCACCUCCCAACUAUUCGGAUUUUCCCGCCACCGCCGCCGCCCCCUAGGGUUACGAUAUCUCAUCUUUCUUUUGCCACUAUCGGUUCCUCUUAUCUUCUUUGUUUUCUAGGGUUUUAUCCCUCUUUAGAUUGGGGAUUUGAUUUUUUUUUACCGUUCUUUCUUACUUAGCUUUUUAGCUACUUGGCCGUAUCGAUUUUCUUGGGAUUUUACAAGAUUGACAAAAGGAGUAUAUACACAAAAUCUUAUCUGGGUCCGGUCGAUUAAUACACAAGGUUUCCAUUUUUAGUGGGAAAGUCUUACAUCGAAGAAGAAAUAUAGAUAAGAAAAGAUACUGUGGAAAGUUCUCUAAUUUGAACGAGAACAACCAUUUGUGGCUAUUCCUAAUUUGGGUUUUGCCUUUGAGUGGAGGUAGAUAUAGCUCUGAGUAUAGUUGUGCGGCUUCGCAUUUUGAGAGUGUAGUCUUUGUUAUACAAGGAAGAGUUGCCUGCGUUGUAGGUGAAGGGAAGUUUUGGCUUGCAUGGGAGAACAUGAGGCGUGGGCGCAGCCACCAAGUGGGCUUUUGCCAAAUGGCUUGCUGCCCAAUGAAGCAGCUUCGGUGAUGCGAGUACUUGACUCGGAACGAUGGUUGAAGGCCGAGGAGAAGACAGAAGAGCUUAUUGCUUGCAUUCAGCCUAAUCCACCUUCAGAAAAACGACGACAUGCGGUGGCAGAUUAUGUUCAGCGGCUCAUCACGAAAUGUUUUCCAUGUCAGGUGUUUACAUUUGGGUCUGUACCCCUGAAGACAUAUCUGCCUGAUGGAGAUAUUGAUUUAACAGCCUUUAGUAAGAAUCAAAAUUUGAAGGAGACAUGGGCCCAUCAGGUUCGGGAUAUGCUGCAAAUUGAGGAGAAAAAUGUGAAUGCUGAAUUUCAUGUAAAGGAGGUUCAGUACAUUCAGGCUGAGGUGAAGAUAAUUAAAUGCCUGGUGGAAAACAUUGUGGUAGAUAUAUCUUUCGAACAGCUUGGGGGAUUGUGCACCCUUUGUUUCCUUGAGGAGGUUGAUCAUCUAAUAAACCAAAAACAUUUAUUCAAACGUAGCAUUAUACUGAUUAAAGCUUGGUGCUAUUACGAAAGUCGUAUACUUGGUGCUCAUCAUGGACUAAUCUCAACUUACGCCUUGGAAACCUUGGUUCUUUAUAUAUUUCAUGUUUUUAACAAUUCUUUUGCUGGACCUCUUGAGGUUCUUUACCGUUUUCUAGAGUUUUUUAGCAAGUUUGACUGGGAAAAUUAUUGUGUUAGUCUUUGGGGUCCUGUGCCCAUUAGUUCUCUCCCAGAUGUAACAGCGGAACCUCCUCGAAAAGAUGGUGGAGAGUUACUACUAAGCAAGUUAUUUCUUGAUGCUUGUAGCUCAGUGUAUGCUGUCUUCCCUGGUGGACAAGAAAAUCAAGGACUGCCUUUUGUCCCCAAGCACUUCAAUGUUAUUGAUCCUUUGCGUGUAAAUAACAACCUGGGACGUAGUGUCAGUAAAGGUAACUUCUUUAGAAUACGUAGUGCAUUUGCAUUUGGAGCUAAAAGGCUAGCUAGAUUACUUGAUUGCCCAAAAGAGGAUCUAUUUUUUGAAGUAAAUCAGUUUUUUAUGAACACUUGGGAAAGACAUGGCAGUGGCCAUCGUCCUGAUGCACCAAGGAAUGAUUUGAGAUUAUCAAAUCACGACCAGUUACAUGGACCUGAUAAUAUCAGAAGCAGCACAGUGAGCAAAAAUAAUGGGAUGUUAUCUACUCAUGAGUCUGAAGAUGACAGUACUCAUGCUUCCAGAAUUAGUAAUGUCUCUACAGUACCUCAUAUGCAAAGCCAAAGGAAUUAUGGGAAUUCAAGGAACUCUGAUCCGAUUAAGAAAGAUAUUAGUUUUAACCAGGUUGCACAAAUGGAUAAAGGCCAGAGGAGUUUGAAAUCUGAUAACUUGGUCAAUGAUAUACAGGGCAGGAAUCCUUUUGCGAGGACGCAUUCUAGUCCUGAACUUUCUGAUGCAUAUGGUGAAAUCUCUUCUCAAGGUAGGCGGGGUAGAGCCCCAGAAAGUGGGAAGAGCCAAACUUUAUCAACUAGGUUGGAUAAUACCAGGAGGAAGAAUCUAGAAUCUGAUACAGUUGCAAGUCAUGGUGUCAGACUGACUGAUGAUCCUUUACCUGUCAGACACAUCUCUUCCCGUCAAAGUAAUGAUACUGCUGUUGAUUCUAAAAGUGGUUCAAACAGCUACCAAGAUGAGUCAGCCUUGGGGUCCAUGACUGAUGAUUUUGCUUCUGUUUCGGGGGCCCAAGGGAUGCAUCAGGAGGAGCAAGAUCUUGUGAACAUGAUGGCAUCUUCAUCGGCUCAUGGUUUCAAUGGACAGGUUCAUUAUCCACUGAAUUUAGCUCCUCAUCAUGUUCCAUUUCCAAUCCCUCCUUCCGUCCUAGCUUCAAUGGGGUAUACUCAGAGAAAUAUGGCUGGGAUGGUUCCUACAAAUUUUCCAUUGAUUGAGAAUCCAUGGGGCUCAACUAUGCAAUUUUCACAAGGUGGUGUUCCACCACAUUUGACCCAUUAUUUUCCUGGCAUGGGAUUGACUGCCCCAAGUCCAGAAGAUCCCCCGGAACCUGCUAAUGAAAAUUUUGGUUCUGUGGAAUUGAAUCCAGGGGAGGGUGAUCAUGAUUUUUGGCAUGAGCAGGACAGGGCCUCUACUGGAGGAUUUGAUCUAGAUAAUGGAGGCUUCGAGAUACUUCAGUCUGAUGAUAAGCAACAAGCAUCCUCAUCUGGGUAUAACUUUCAUCCUUCUCGAGUUGGCAACUCUGGAGGUUUUAUGCAAGUCCAACCAAAGCUUGCUAAAGAGAACCAUGGUCCAGGAAGAGAAGAUCUUGCAGAUGAUUUUCAGUAUCAUGAUAACCGUGGCAAUGAAGUUUUCUUUGAUGAUAGAACUGUAAGUUCAAGGUCUGUGUCUGCCUCACAUACUGGUUCUUUGAGAAGUAAAACUUCUUCAGAGAGUUCAUGGGAAGGAUCGUCAGCAAAAGUCUCAAAGUCAACUAGGGAAAAACGGGGAAGAAAAAAUGUUCCUUUUUCAGUGCCAUCUUCUACUCAUGGGAAGGAGAAGAGUGUAUCUGAACAUUCUUCUACUCAGGCAGAUGAUGACAACAGAGAUUGGAAUUCAUUGUCACCUGUAGCCACAGAAAUAGCAGAGAGAAACACAGUACCUCAUUCUGCUGCUUCCUGGCAAGUUCCAAGGCAUCAAAUUCCAGGAACCGAACCAGCUCAGACGAGUGGAUCUGAUUCUUUAAUACCCUUUGCUCCAAUGCUUUUAAACCCUAACUCACGACAGAGAGCUGCGGAUAAUUCUGUUCCCUUUACAUUUUAUGCUACAGGACCACCUGUUCCAUUUGUUACGAUGCUUCCAGUGUAUAAUUUUCCAACUGAUUCAGGGGCUUCAGAUCCAUCAACGAGCCAGUUUGGUGCAGAUGAAGUACCAGAUAACAGUGAUUCUGGUCAAAAUUUUGACUCUUCUGAGGGACUUGAUCAACAUGUAGUGUCACAUACUUUAAAUUCUAUGAAAAGGGAUACUUCUCUUGAGCCGGUGGAACAUAAGCCCGACAUUCUCAAUAGUGACUUCGCUAGCCAUUGGCAAAAUUUGCAAUACGGACGGUUUUGUCAAAAUUCACGGUAUCCUGCACCUAUGAUAUCACCUGUUAUGGUGCCUCCUUUUUGUUUACAGGGACGAGUACCAUGGGAAGGUCCUGGAAGACCACUCUCUGCCAACAUGAAUCUCUGGACCCAGCUUAUGGGCUAUGGGCCUCGUCUUGUUCCUGUUGCUGCACCUCUCCAAACCAUGUCAAAUAGACCUGUCGGUGUUUAUCAACGUUAUGUUGAGGAAUUGCCGAGAUAUCGUAGUGGAACUGGGACAUACCUACCAAGUGCUGUUUCAGUAAGGGAUCGCCAUUCUACUAGUACAAGAAGGGGGAAUUACAGUUAUGAUAGAAACGACCACCAUGGUGAUAGAGAGGGGAACUGGAAUGUCCAUCCAAAAUCAUCGCGACCUUCUGGGCGUAGCCACAGUCGUGGUCAGGUUGAAAAACCAAAUGCAAGAUUGGAUCGUUUGACAACAAGUGAGAGCCGAAGUGAAAGGCCAUGGAGCUCACAUAGGCAUGACUCCUUCUCUGCAUACCAGUCUCAAAAUGGUCCUAUUCGCCCGAAUACUACCCAAGGUGCUCAUAACAAUGUGCCAUAUGGCAUGUAUCCAUUGCCAGGGAUGAACCCAAGCGGGGUGUCAUCAAAUGGACCUGGCAUGCCAUCUGUUGUAAUGCUGUAUUCUUAUGACCACAAUUCUGGCUAUGGAACACCUUCAGAGCAGGUUGAGUUUGGCUCUCUUGGACCAAUGGGCUAUCCAAAUGAAGUAUCACAACUAAAUGAGGGAAGUCGAUUGAGUGGUACAUUUGAGGAACAAAGAUUUCAGGGUAGCUCUGCUCAACAGUCUUCACCUGAUCAGCCUUCCUCACCUCACAUACAGAGAAAUAGUAGCUGCUGAUGGCUGGCCAAACAUUUUACAUUUUUUUCCAAAAGCAAUUCUCAUUUUGGUGAAUGCUCUCCAUCCCUUCAGGAAGGGUCCACUUGCCAAUUCACGUCACAUUUGACGGGCUUGUAAUAUUUGUAGUUUUACCCCAGUAAUUUUUUCCCUUUGCUCGUCUAUUGGCCAUGUGAUUAUUUUACUGGGAUUUUUUUGUGAUGUUCAUUGUAUUAUCUUAACAGGGGAGUUUGAUUACGUUGCCAAAGCAGUUUGCUUGGAAGUAAAAGUUGAAAGAUGUGAAUCUUCCACCUCUGGUAGUUCCAGACCAAGGACGAAUGUUGGUGGGAGACGAAACUACAUUGAGAAAUUCCCCCAUCACCAGGGGAUGGCAAUGGUGGCCACGUGCUAACCACACCCUGAAAAAGGAUAAUUUUGAAAAAUCUGAUUUGGUGAAUUUUGUGCUAUACUCGUGGGAAGCCAACCGACUCGUGCUGUUUGUGUGUACACUACUAAGCAAUUAAUUAGCACUAUUGCUCAGCAUGAAGUGUUGCAGUGAAAGCUGAUAUUAACCUGAAGAUAAAAAGUGUAGUGAGAAAGGAGAACCGGUGCCGACUCCGUUACUUGUAUUUCAUUUUAGGUUAGAUACAUUACAUUGUAACUGACUGAACUAGAAGAAGGCAACUUUAUUUCAGAAUUUAGGACCUUAGCUAGAUUUUGUUUCGUCAUUUCUCUUUACACUCGAUUAGGAUUUUUUAUUCAUAAUCAUCAGUGUACCAUGUUGUCUUUUAUAGCUCAUCUAAACGAAGUGUCAUUAAUAUAGUCAAAGAUUAUAAUGAAUCAGUUCCUUCUUUUGCUCUCUA